AUGGCCCAUUGUGGGAACAGCAACGUCACGAUUCGGCAAACGCCAAUACAAGCUUUCUAUGCAGGCCAGUCGAUCUUCAUUACAGGAGGAACGGGUUUCCUUGUGAAGAUUUUGAUCGAAAAAUUGCUGCGAAGUUGUCCCAACGUCUCUAAGAUGUGCCUAAUGGUGUGCUCAAAAAAAAACAAGAGCGCCGCCACUCGGCUGGACGAGAUAUUUGAAAGUCCCCUAUUCGGUCGAGUGAAAGAGGAGAUGCCCAACUUUCGUGAAAAAAUCGUGCCAGUGGUCGGCGAAUUGUACAAAGUAGACUUGGGAUUCACGAAAGAUGACAGGGAUUUACUAGCGCACAAAGUAAGGAAUCUAAUCGUGAAGAUCCAACAAAAAUAUUUCUCGUACAAAAA